AUGAGUUACGGCUUUGGCGGAGGAGCUGGUGGUGGUGUCAGUGGAGGGGUUUGUGGAGGAUAUAGAGGAGGCUUUGGUGGUGGCUCUGACUUGGGUGGUAGAGAUGGUGGCCUCCUGUCCAGCAACGAGAAAACCACCAUGCAAAAUCUUAAUACCUGCCUGGCAUCCUAUAUGGAGAAAGUUUCAGCUGGGCUGGAGAGCUCAUUGGCAGAGAUGGAGGGCAGCUAUGCUACUCAACUGCAGCAGACAGGUCUGAUUAGUACCAUCGAGACCCAGCUGAGUGAGCUCCACAGUGAGAUGGGAUGUCAGAAUGAGCAGUACAAGAUGCUCUUGGACAUCAAGACCCGGCUGGAGCAGGAGAUCACCACAUACCACAACCUGCUGGAGGGCCAGGACUCCAAGCUGGUUGGCACCAGUACCAAAGAAGGCUCCCUUAGUGGAGGAGGUGCUGGUGGUAGCAGUAGCAGCAGGGUCCGCAUCACAAUGGAAGAAUCAGUGGAUGGGAAGGUGGUUUCUUCCCCAAAAGGGGAAGUCUAA